AUGUACACGCACAGUCCCCUCAACCGAGAUCGUCGAGAAAUCAGGCUCGUCAGACUGCGUCCGCCUUCCAACGCGGACCCCAUCACGGCCCCGGUCUCGCUCGAAAUCCGACACGUCUCGCUCGACGACGACGUGCCCUACGCCGCCCUGUCAUAUGUGUGGGGCGACGCUGCCGACACCGUCCCCAUCGACAUCGAUGGCGCCCCCUUCCGCGUCACCAGGAACCUGCACGCCGCCUUGCAGCAGUUUUCGCGGGACGGCGUUGACUCGUGGCUCUGGGUCGACGCCGUGUGCAUCGCGCAGGCCGAUCUGGCGGAGAAGAGCUGGCAGAUCGACGCCAUGCGGGACGUCUUCGGCGGUGCCGUGAUGGUGUACAUGUGGCUCGGCCCCGGUACCGAGGAGAGCGACACCAUCAUGGAGUUUGUCUCGCGGGCAGCGGCCUGGCGCGGGAUCGACGGCAUGGUGAAGCUGCUCGGUCAGGGGCACGUGCGGACCCCGCGCAUGUCGAGCCCGGAGACGGAGAUGGAGACGGAGACAGUUCCGCGGCCAGUUGAUUCCCAGGACACAAGCGCCUCAGCCAACCAUGGGCGGAGUGAGAGUCCCCUCUUAGACGACACUCAGACUUCGGAAACGAAGCUGGCCGUAUACGAGCUCUUGCGUGAUUUCCUCUCCCAUAGGAGCCCCCCGCUCUUUGACGCGAUUUGCAACCUGCUGCAAAGAGACUACUGGCACCGGGUGUGGAUCAUCCAAGAGGUCUCCCUGGCCCGCGAUGCACGCGUGGUCGUCGGGACCAAGGCUAUCCCGCUCGACAUAUUCGACGCCGUCUUCAACGCGCUGUGGUUCUCCUUGUACAAUGUCAAAAUGAAUCUCGCGACGCGGCGGAUCUUCAGGACCGGGGUGCACAACCUCUCCAAUAUCACGUCACUGAGGAUCCGCAAACUGCGGAGGAAGGGGUCGACAGUGCGGCUGGUCGACAUCCUCUGGAACGUCGGCGCCACCAUGGACCGGCCUCACUACUCCGCCUCAGACCCUCGGGACAUUGCGUUUGGCCUGCUUGGCGUGAUGGACGACGAGGAGAGGGCCGGCCUCCAGACGGAUUACUCGCUGUCAACAGAGGAGGUCUUCGCGAGGAUCACAACGGCACUAUUGGACCGUUCAGGCUCCAGGGACUCUGAAACUAGGGAUUCCGACUCCAGGGAUUCUGACUUCUACCUCGAUUCUAUACUGCCAGGGGACGAAAACGGAAUACUGCCCACCUGGGUCCCGGACUGGGUCGAUGUCGGCCAGUACGGCCAGGAAGUCUUGGCGGUGAGCUACUACAAACCCUUCUGUGCAGCCGGAGAGAGGGUCCAACGACAACCAUUCUCGGAGGCCGCGGGAAGAAAAGGUGGGCUUGGCUACAUCGUCCUGAGCGGCUGCUGCGUCGAUGAGGUGGUCCAAGUCAUGGAAGCGCCGGCCUGGCCCCAAGGACGCCGCUACAUCCCACCUGGGAAGGGGGACGCUGAGCUCUGGUGCCAAUCCGUCAUUGCCUUCACGGGGCUACAUCCUGUCGGGAGUGGUGGCAACAGCGAGGAGGCGGAGGCGGAGGCGGCGGCGGCGCACGUCUUUCGGACCCUCGUACAUGGCGAAAGCGGCAACUUUCCCGAGGAGCUCAACAGGCUGGGGCCAGACAUCGUACGAAUGCGACGCGUGGACCCCGGCGCGUUAACAAGCCAAGGGGCUGCAAUGGUGCGCAGGAACACUCAGACCAGGACCGAAGAGGAGCUGGAGGCGCAGACACCUGUGGAUGACGAGGAGAUGAAGAGCUACAUGAGUGGUUGGCGAGAGAACGUUUACUUGCAAAACAGGAAACGAACCCUUUUCAAGACGGCGAAGGGCACGCUCGGGGUAGGGCGUGUCGGAAUUAAAGCCGGCGACAUGUUGACUUUGAUCUGGGGAGCGCGCUCGCCCAUCGUCUUGCGCAGACGAUCGCGAGGGGGUUUCUACUUCCGGGGAGACGCGUAUGUCGACGGCCUCAUGCACGGGGAGUUUCUCAAAACCAAGCCGAAGGAGGAAGAGUUCACGCUGUACUGA